AAUACUAUAACUAACCAUGAUUUUCUAUCUAGCAAAUAUAUUCCUCCUCACCGCUGUUUCGGCCAUUCCAAGUGGUCGUGUUGAUGUGGUGUAUCCAUCCGUGGAAACUUCCAGAUCUGGAGAAAAGACAAUUAAAUUUAAAGCGCUGGACCAAGACAUCGAAUUGAAACUGAAACCAGCAGGUGAAAUAUUGGCAAGAAACUUCGCACUCGUAGACGAAAAUGACCAAAUGUAUUAUUCAAUCGACGUAGAAGACUUGAAAAGAAGAAUCUACAGAGAUAGUGAUAAGGGAGCAGCACUUUUGAUCGAUGAAGACGGGCCUCUUACUAUUCAAGGAAUAGUUAAUUCGAAUAUGAGAAUAGCACCUUACGAGUCGGGAAGAAUGGUUAAAGAUGGAAGAAUAGCGCAUCAAAUUGUGGAAGUUAUAAGUGACAAAAACUCCUUUAUGAAUGACGUUGUAACUACUGAUAUUAAUAGAAAACUGGAAAACGUAGAGAGAAGAGCAGGGAAAAAGAAAUGUAUUGUUAUAGAAUAUUUGUGUGUAACAGAAAGUAAUUUUACUAAGCGUUUUAAUACAGAUAAAGCUUUAACAGAAUACGUAACCAUAUUAUUUACUGGGGUUCAAAACCUACUAGAAAAAUUAAACUUGGGAAUAAAAGUUCGUUUACUGGGAAUUCAAGCAUUUAAGGUAAUAUUGAAAAUGUUUAUAAUUUUUUAG